UGCACAUGCGCACUUGUUCUGCUGGCCACUGUGGCGCCAAGCGGCUUUUUUUACUUUUUGGCUUUCAAGAGAAAAGCGAUCGUUGAGAAAAUGAAGUGUAUAAGGACUUCAGCGUUUACUUCAUUAUGCACAUAAUCCAUACAGUAUUUGCAGUCCGUGUAGUCUUCAAAAGAAGAGCUUUAUUAUGGAACAGAAGACGGUGAGUGUAUGGGUACGACUGGAGCCAUUUUUACUGGGGGCUCUACCAACUCCUCCUCCAGCCAAAUUCAGCAUGCACUAUCUCCGUAAGAUGUCUACAUAUGUAAGGACACGUGCUAAGGAUGGCUGUUUCCCACGGAUCUACUGGCCUAUGUGGAAACAUAUUGCAUGUGGCAAGCUGCAGCUGCCUGCUGAGCUGGCAUGGGUCUAUUUUGAAGCAUUUGAUAUGUUGACAGAAAAGAGCGUAGAAGACCGAUUAGAGUGGGCAGAAGCAGCAUCACAGUGUACCUCUCAAGAAGAACUUGAUCAACUAAGGCAUACGCUCUCUGUGGACACUCUGCAGUUCCUGUUAUUUCUCUAUAUUCAACAGUUAAAUCGGGUUUCACUUCGCACAUCACUUAUUGGUGAAGAGUGGCCCAGUCCCCGGACACGAUCGCCUUCUCCUGAAAUUGAGAGUAAAUCCAGUCUGCAGAAUAAGAACUGGGAUGAUCAAGCACAUCUAACAUUUGUUCAGACGCACCUUUUUGACUUACUGGAGUUGGUUUUGGAUCCAGAUCAGCUAAGUUCUUCAGGACAUCAUGUACAAGACAGCUUAUUGUCCACAGAAGCACUUUGUGGACUCAGUUUUUUGCUGGAAGGGUCAGUUAGUAGAGGACGAUCUGUGCACCUACUCCAUGAGCUAUUAUUAUGGGCACCUUUACAGUCACAGGCUGGUUUUUCUAAACUAUCUCAGGCCUUCUCAGUCCGGAAAUUGCAAGGCUGGUUGCACGAUACUCUCACCAGUAAUCCAUUUGGUACUACUGCCUGCUUCAAAACUGGCAAGAAACUUGCUUGGGUACAACAAAUAGAAGGAAAAAUGAAGAGGGCAAAGAUUGUUAGGAACACCCACAAUGCUCCUGCAGGUAGCAGGGUUGUGAUCAUUUCUCAGGUUUAUAAGCAGACACUGGCCAAAGAUUCUGAAAAACUUAUUGGAGCAAGUGUGAAACUGCAUCGAUGUAAUGAAUCCUUUAUCUACCUCCUCUCACCAAUGAGAUCUGUUAUUAUUGAAAAAUGCUGGAAUAGCACCAUAGUCCUGGGACCGGUGCAAACUACUGUCCAUGUACAGAACUGUCAGGAUGUGAAGGUAGUUUGUGUGACAGGCAAGAUUUCAGUUUGUGCCUCCUCUUUCUGUACCCUUCACGUGUUGACGCCAACACGACCUUUACUGCUGGCUGGAAAUGAAGCUCUGACACUAGCACCGUACCAUACUCACUAUCCAGCUCUUGAGGACCACAUGGCAAUCAUUGGACUGGCUGUUGUGCCAAAUGUCUGGGACCAGCCAUUGUGCCUUGGUGCAGAUGGCAUUGAGAACCCCUCUACUCCUGUUUAUAGCCUUCUAUCCCCAAGUGACUUCUAUGAGUUUGUGGUGCCCUUUGAGAUGGAAGGAGAUACCAGUGAGAUUCCUGGAGGAUUACCCCCACUGUACCAGAAAGCUCUUAUAGACAGAAAGCAGAAGGUGCACACCUGGCAAAAGAUGGUGAAGGAGGCGCAGCUUAGCAAAGAACAACGGAAGCAGUUUAAGGCCGUGGUAGAACAAAAGUUUCAUGAGUGGCUCUGUGAGACUGGACAAAAGCAGCAGUUGGACAGCUUAAUCCCACCUUCCACUAUCUCCAAGCAAGCAGCUGGAUAGAAGAUUGUUUAAUGUAGGCACAAAACUGGAAUUCAGCUCCACGGUUAAUGGACAAUUGGAAAAGCAGCAUACAGUCCACACUAUCGACAGAAUUGGCAAGUCAAGCGUGCAGGCUUUGGACUUUACUUUCUUAAUUUAAUUAAAAUCUGCAAUCUUUAAAUAUGUCCCUGGUUGGUAGUAGAAUUUAUCUACAGAUUUUUGAUAUAUGCCUUACCUAUGUGCUGUUUGCUUGUCCGGGUCAUUUUCAAGGAAAAUAUAAGAACACCUAUUUGAAGUAAUCUUGUAUUAAGAGCUAAAUAGAAGAGACUUGGUUUGACCUGCCAUUCUGUAGCCAGCCAGGCCUGAGAGGUUCGCCGAUUGAUUACUCAACCUGGACUUUGUUGUCUUUGCACAGUGUGAUUCAGUCCCGUAAGGAGCUUUCUUGUGUGGUUGUUCAGAUGACAUGCACAUUCAUUUUCCAGGAGUAGAGAGAGAUUGUCAACCAUCCUGUAGGCUGUUGUUGCCUUAUAAUUGUUUGGGUGUGACAAAAUUGGUUUGUUGCAUUUUAAUCAGCUGAUCACAAUUUCGGCUGGUAUUAAUUUUUCAAAUAUUCUUUUUUGCUUAAGAGUAUUUUAUUUUAAAAUGUUCCUGAAAA